AGAGGGGGCGGGUAAAGGAAAACUAUUCCAGGCGCUGUAAAACGCAAGAGAAACAAUCCCUGGAGGCGGUGUUCGCGCUUGCUGCUGCUGUGCUUUCAGCUCCGGCAAAAAGAGCAGUCCUGUUGUGGAGCUAACCGGUGGGUGCAUCCACAUUUUCAGCAUCUGCAUUUACCGCAUCAUCAUCACUCACUCAACGGGGUUUCGGGCAGAUCUGAAACUUUCUCCCAACAUGCUUCUCCUCGGCCUCCUGUCUCUGCUUGUUUUGCAAAGUGAAGCCUUCAGCACCAGUUUUCCAGAUGAAACCAUUGCAGAGUUUUCAGUGAAUGUUUACAAUCAGCUGAGAACUGCAGGGGAAGAUGAAAACAUUAUUUUCUCCCCACUGGGAAUAUCAAUUGCCGUGGGAAUGGUGGAACUCGGAGCCCAUGGUUCUACCUUGAAAGAAAUCAGACACGCCAUGGGAUAUGAAGGUUUGAAAAAUGGUGAAGAAUUUUCAUUCUUAAAGGACCUUUCUGACAUGGCAAAUGCUGAAGAUAGCCAGUACGUGAUGAAGCUUGCCAAUUCCCUCUAUGUGCAGAACGGAUAUCACAUCAGUGAGAAGUUCUUGCAGCUGAUGAAAAAAUACUUUAAAGCUGACGUAGAAGACGUAGAUUUCAGUCAAAACAUAGCAGUCGCCAGCCACAUCAAUAGAUGGGUGGAGAAUCAUACGAACAACAUGAUCAAAGAUUUUGUGUCGGCGCGGGAUUUUGGCGCUCUUACUCACUUGGCCCUCAUCAAUGCAAUCUACUUUAAGGGAAAUUGGAAGUCUCAGUUCAGGCCAGAAAACACAAGAACAUUCUCAUUCACUAAAGAUGAUGAAAGCGAGGUGCAAAUUCCAAUGAUGUAUCAGCAGGGAGAAUUUUAUUAUGGGGAAUUCAGCGAUGGCUCCAAUGAAGCAGGGGGCAUCUAUCAAGUCCUGGAAAUACCCUAUGAGGGGGAUGAAAUUAGUAUGAUGAUUGUCCUUUCCAGGCAGGAAGUUCCAUUAGCCACACUGGAACCUCUGGUCAAAGCCCAGUUGAUUGAGGAAUGGGCAAGCUCUGUGAAGAAGCAGAAGGUGGAGGUGUAUCUACCAAGGUUCACAAUAGAACAGGAAAUUGAUCUGAAGGAUGUUUUGAAGGGCCUUGGGAUUACAGAAGUGUUUAGCCGAAGCGCUGAUCUCACUGCCAUGUCUGACAACAAAGAACUCCACCUUUCAAAAGCCGUUCACAAGUCCAUCUUUGAAGUUAAUGAAGAGGGUUCCGAAGCUGCUGCUGCCUCAGGAAUGAUAGCCAUUAGCAGGAUGGCAGUGCUGUAUCCCCAGGUUAUCGUGGAUCAUCCCUUUUUCUUUGUGGUCAGGAACAGAAGAACAGGUACCAUCAUUUUCAUGGGGAGAGUUAUGCACCCAGAAGUGAUGAAUACAAGUGCCCAUGACUUUGAAGAACUUUAAUAUCCCUACAGGCUCACCAAGCCCAAAUACACACACACACAAAGAAAAAUAAGCACACUGAGUUUGCAGUUGAUGUAUUUAAGAUUUAUCAUGUGGUUUGUUUGUUUUUUGCAUUGUUACCUUUGAGACACAGUUUAAAGGAAAGAAAAAAGAAAAAAGCUUCCAGAUCUAACUUCAGCUAGAAAUUGCAGACCACGGUUGUGGAAGAAAAACUUUCAGUAUUAAAGUAAUGUUGUCCUUGUGAUUGUUGGUUCUCUAAAAUAAAAACUGUAUCCAUGUCAGUGGCCGCA